AUGUCGGAGCACUCUCACGGAAAGGCCCCUCUUGAGUUCAAAGCCACGAAGCCCGAACACCUGGAGCCGGGCUCAGCGUGCGACCUCCAGUGCCUGACCUGCGACUCGGCCUCGGUCUGCCUGUCCUGUCGAGACCCGGCCAAGGUGCUGCUGUUCGGAGAGUGUCAGUACGACAGCUGCGCCCAUCAGUACUACCUCAACACCACCACGCGCUCCUGCAGAGAGUGUGACUGGAGCUGUAACGCCUGCCGCGGGCCGCUGCGCUCCGACUGCCUGCAGUGCAUGGAGGGAUACGUGCUGCAGGACGGAGUGUGUUCUCCGGGCUGCUCUCCGGGGUUCUACCAGGACGGGGACCGAUGCCUCGGAUGUGACGCCGGCUGCCGGCGCUGCCGGGGUCCCGGGCAGUGCCUGGAGUGCCAGGAGCCGCACGCCGUGCUGCAGGGACAGUGUGUGCUGGACUGUGGGCGGGGCUUCUUCCUGGAUGCGUCCUCCAGACUCUGCAGAGCCUGCUCCACAGACUGCGCUGUGUGUGACGGGGACGGACGCUGCUCGGCGUGUCGGGCCCCCGCCCUCCUGCUGGACGGAUACUGCACCCCCGACUGUGGACCGGGGUUCUACGCCGAGCCGAGGACCAGGACCUGCCACGCCAACAGCCAGGCCCCGGUGCUGCGGGUCCGGGGGGCCCUGCGGGUUCCCCUGGGGGGUUCGGCCCCGCUGCUGCCGGCCCUGCUGCAGGUCCAGGACGCGGACUCCCCGUCAGACCGGCUGGUCUUCCUGCUGGAUCGGGGUCCGAGCAACGGAGCGCUGCUGCUGGCCGGAGGGGGGGCGGAGGAGGAGCUGAGCAGGGACCACUCCUUCUCCUGGGAGGACCUGGUCCUCGGCCGGGUCCGCUUCAGACACCGGAGAGACCAGAGCAGGACCGGCGAGUUUGUCCUGCGAGCCGCCGACCCCCAGCUGUCCUCUCAGCCGCAGACCGUCCACGUCCAGGCCGCGUCCACACAGCCCCCCAGGGUCGUGACCCUGGCCCCGCUGCUCCUGGAGGCCCGUGGCGGUCUCGCCCCCAUCACCAAGUCCGUCCUGCAGAUCGAGGACCCCGACAACCCGGCGGACGUCCUGGUCAUGGUCCUGGAGCCGCCCCUGCACGGCCGGCUGACCCGCCCCGGCGGCGACCGAGCGCUGAGCCGCUUCAAGCUGGACGAGCUGUCCCGAGAGCAGGUCCAGUACGUCCACGACGGCUCGCAGGGGGCCGAGGACCGGGCGGUGCUGCAGGUCAACGACGGCCACAGCUACAGCAACGUGCUGCUCCACGUCCACAUCCGGCAGAAGGCUGGAGCCUCUCCCCGGGCCGCCCCGGUGCCUCUGACCUGGGUGAGGCAGGGAGGGACGGUGCGUCUGGAUAAGAAGUACCUGCGGGCGGAGUUCCGGGGAGUGGGCCCGGACCAGGUGGUCUACACCAUCCUGACCCCGGAGGGCCGGCCCCGACACGGCGAGGUGGUGCUGGCGUCCAUGCCGGCCGACGGCCCCCCGGAGGGCUGGCGCCCCCCCCCGGCCGACGACCCGGGCUUCACGGCGACGGCCUCCUUCACCCAGCAGGACGUGAACGACGGCUCCGUCUGGUACCGCCACUUCGGAGCCGGCAGCGGCGGCGACUCCUUCCUGUUCCAGGUCUCUCCAGAGGCGGCUCCGCCCACGCAGAGCGACGCCCAGACCUUCACCAUCGGGGUCCUGCCUCAGAUCCCAGGAUUCCCCCAGCUGGCCCCCGACUGCGACCUGCAGAUCACGGCACUGGAGGACCGGCUGACGGAGAUCACGCCCUCGGCGCUGUCCUUCCUGGACUCGGAGACUCCCAGCGAGAAGCUGGUCUACACCGUCACCAAGCCUCUGCCUGCGGGACAAGGAGCCAUCGAACACCGGGCCCGGCCGCACACCCCCGCCACACACUUCACCCAGGCCGACGUCAACCAGGGCAACAUGGUGUACCGGCCCCCCCCGGCCCCCGCCCACCUGCAGGAGCUCUACCAGUACUCCUUCACCGGUCUGCCCGAGUCGCUCAGCGUCUACUUCACAGUGUCAGAUGGAGAACACACCACCCCUGAGCUGGACUUCGCCAUCCUGCUGCUGUCGAACCACCAGCAGCCGCCGGUCUUCCAGGUCCUGGACCCCCUGCUGGAGGUCAGCCUGGGGGGGCUCAGCCCCAUCGGAGGCCAGCAGCUGGCCGUCAGUGAUGCGGACACCGCUCCAGAUGAGCUGGAGUUUGAGCUGGUUGAAGCUCCGAUCCACGGAGAGCUGAUCAGGACCGACGGCAAGACUGACGGACGCAUGGCAAACGGAGACACCUUCACCUUCGGAGACGUCACCCGCGGCGUGCUGCAGUACCGGCACGCCGGCCUCUCCACCCAGGACGACGCCAUCACCUUCUCCGUCAGCGACGGCAUCUCCAUGGCGACCACGGUGGUGCAGGUGGUGGUUCUGGGCGCCGGGGGCGCCGGUCCGCAGAGGGACCCGGCCGCCACGCUCUCUCUGGAGGUGGGCGAGAAGAGCAGCACGGUCAUCCGACGCUCCCACCUGGCAUACACCGACGACGCCUCCCCAGACGAGCAGAUCCGGAUCCAGCUGGUGUCGGUGCCCAUGUACGGCAUCCUGACCCUGAGCCGGGCGCCGCAGGAGCCCCAGGAGCUGAGGGAGUACUCCUCCUUCAGCAUGGAGGACGUGAACCGGCAGAGGGUCAGGUACAUCACGUCGGUGGAGACGGGGGGUCGGCCCAUCACCGACAUCUUCCACUUCGUGGUCGACGACGGAGACAACAACCGCCUCAACAACCAGAUGUGCACCAUCACCAUCACGACCACGCCCAGGCAGCCCCCGGCGGUCGCCGUGCACGGCGGCAUCAAGGUGCAGGAGGGAGGCCGGGUGCAGCUGUCCACCAGUCACAUCGUGGUGUCGGACGGGGACACGCCCAGCAAGGACCUGCUGGUGUGGCUGGCCACGCCCCCCAAAUACGGCUUCAUAGAAAACACCGGGAGAGGCAGCUCAGUGGGCGGCUCCCGGCUCGUCACCUCGGACGCCCCCUUCUCCCUGGAGGACCUGGCGUCGAACCACAUCUUCUACGUCCAGGACGGCGGGCGGAGGCCGGCGGCGGAGCGGGACGCCUUCAGCCUGUACGUCAGCGACGGGACCAGCCGGACCGAAGCCUUCACCGUGGAGAUCCACAUCCAGCAGAGUGAAGAGGACCGGCGGCCGGUGGUGGCGGUCAGCAGCAUCCACGUGGAGGAGAACUCCGGGGUGGUCAUCACCAACUCGUCCCUGAGCGUUCUGGACAGGGACACUCCGGAGAACGAGAUCCUCUUCACCGUCGUCAGGAUCCCCUCCUACGGGAAGCUCCGCAGACGGCAGUUCUACUCGCAGCCGCUGGAGAACGGCCGCGUCCUCGCCAAAGGUUCCACCUUCACCUACCAGGACGUGCUGGACCGGCUGCUGGUCUACACCCCGGAGGCGGCCGGCGGGGGCGCCGACGAGGUGGGCUUCACCCUCACCGACGGCGUCUACACCCACUCGGGGCGGCUGCAGUUCACCAUGGACGUGCGGCGCAGCGAGGGCCCCCGGAUGACGGUGAACCGGGGGCUGCAGCUCCCGGCAGGGUCGUCCUCCAAGGUCACGGAGCAGAACCUGAAGGGGACGGACAUCGACUCCGACGACCUGAAGCUCCGCUACGUCCUCACCAAGGACCCUCCGGCCGGAAAGCUGCAGCUCGGCGGCGGCGGCGGCGGUCGGCCGCAGAAGGUUUCCCUCAAAGGUCCCGUGCAGAGCUUCACUCAGGACGACGUCAACAGAGGCCUGCUGCAGUUCAGCCAUGAGAAGGGGGAGAAGGGGGGCAGCCUGUCCUUCAAGUUCGACCUGGUGGACCCGGAGGGGAACAGACUGAUCGACCAGUCCUUCUUCAUCAGCGUGCUGGAGGACCGCCUGCCUCCCACCGUGGUGUCCAACAAGGGCCUGGUGCUGGACGAGAACACGGCCAAGAAGCUGACCACCCUGCAGCUGUCGGCCAGCGACCAGGACAGCGAGCCGGGGGAGCUGGUCUACCGCGUCACCAAGCAGCCCGGCCUGGGACACCUGGAGCACGCCGCCAGUCCAGGCUCCAGGAUCAGCACGUUCACCCAGGCCGACCUGGCGUCUCGCAGCGUCCAGUACGUCCACACCAGCGAAGAGGAGAAGCACGCGGACCAGUUCUCCUUCAGCGUGUCCGACGGCACCAACGAGGUGGCCCAGACCUUCUACAUCACCAUCAGGCCGGUGGACGACUCCCUGCCUCUGCUGCACGUCCCGGGCAUCCGGGUCCAGGAGGGCGUGAGGAAGACCAUCACCGAGUUCGAGCUGAAGGCCACCGACGCAGACACCGAGGCCGAGUCCAUCGUCUUCACCGUGGUCCAGCCGCCUCGCCACGGCACCAUCGAGCGCACCGGGAACGGCCAGCACUACCGGCAGACCGGCAGCUUCAGCAUGGACGACGUCUACCAGAACCGCAUCAGCUACAACCACGACGGCUCCAACUUCCUGAAGGACCGCUUCACCUUCACCGUGGCCGACGGCGCCAACCUGCUCUUCAUGGUGGAGGAGGGCGGCAAGGAGGUCGUGACCGCCGCUCCUCAGAAGUUCAAGAUUGAGAUUUUGCCGGUGGACGACGGGACGCCGCGGAUCGUCACCAACCUGGGGCUGCAGUGGCUGGAGUACAUGGACAACAAGGCGACCAACCUGAUCACCAAGAAGGAGCUGCUGACCUCCGACCCCGACACGGACGACGGGCAGCUGGUGUACGAGGUCACCACGGGGCCAAGGCACGGCUUCCUGGAGAGCAAAGCGAAGCCCGGCGCCGCCAUCAGCACCUUCACACAAGCUGACGUUAACCUGGGUCUGAUCCGCUACGUGCUGCGCGAGGAGAACGUCCAGGAGACCACGGACAACUUCAAGUUCCUGGUGAAGGACAGCAAGCCCAACGUGGUCAGCGACAACGUCUUCCACAUCCAGUGGUCGGUCAUCAGCUUCCAGCACCAGAGCUACAACGUGAGCGAGAAGGCCGGCGCGGUGGCGGUGACGGUGAAGCGCAGCGGCAACCUCAACCAGUACGCCAUCGUGCUGUGCCGCACCGAGCAGGGCAGCGCCUCGUCCAGCGGCAGCCCCGGGUCCCGGCCCGGACAGCAGGACUACGUGGAGUACGCCGGCCAGGUGCAGUUCGACGAGCGCGAGGACACCAAGGUGUGCACCGUGGUCGUCAACGACGACCAGGUGUUCGAGGGCGCGGAGAGCUUCCAGGUGGAGCUCAGCAUGCCGGUCUACGCCCUGCUGGGGGGGCACACCCGGGCCGUGGUCCACAUCAACGACACGGAGGACGAGCCCACCCUGCAGUUCGACAAGAAGACCUACCACGUCAACGAGAGCAGCGGCUUCGUCCACGUCCCCAUCGAGAGGAAAGGAGACACGUCCAGCACCGUCUCGGCGCUGUGCUACACCGUGGCGGGCUCGGCUCGCGGCAGCGGCCUUCACGCCCUGGAGUCGGGCUCCGACUUCAAGAGCCGCGGCACGGCGGCGGACAGCCGCGUGAUCCUGGGCCCCGGCGUGGCCAUGUCCACCUGCGACGUGACGCUGGUGGACGACAGCGAGUACGAGCUGUCCGAGGACUUCCAGCUGGUGCUGGCCGACGCCUCGGACAACGCCCGCACGGGCGCCGUGACGGUGGCCACGGUGGUGAUCGACGGGCCCAACGACGCCUCCACCGUCACCCUGGGCAACGCCACCUUCACCUUCAGCGAAGACGCCGGGACCAUCGAGAUCCCGGUGCUGCGUCAGGGCAGCGACCUCUCCUCCCUGACCUCGGUGUGGUGUGCCACCAGACCCUCGGACCCCCCCUCGGCCGGCCCCGGGGUCGACUACAUCCCCAGCUCCAAGAAGGUGGAGUUCAAGCCCGGAAAGACGGAGGAGACCUGCAGCCUGACCAUCAUGGACGACGUCCAGAACCCGGUCAUAGAGGGAGCCGAGUCCUUCGUGGUUUUCCUGAGUUCUCCUCAGGGAGCCGUUCUGCAGGAACCCUACGAAGCCAACGUCAUCAUCACCGACGCCUUCCAGGACAUUCCCAGCAUGCAGUUUGAGAAGACAGCCUACCGGGUGAAGGAGAAGGACGGCGUCCUGCACAUCCCCGUCCUCCGCAGCGGGGACUUGUCCUUCCGGUCGUCCGUCCGCUGCUUCACCCGCACCAUGUCGGCCAUGGUGACGGACGACUUCGAGGAGAGGACGAACACGGACGAGUCCUCCGUCACGUUCCUGCGAGGAGAGAAGGUGAAGAACUGCUCCGUUCGCGUCCACGACGACUCCGUGUUCGAGCCCGAGGAGGAGUUCCAGGUCCACCUGGGGACGCCGCUCGGCGACCACUGGAGCGGCGCCAUGGUGGGGGUGAAAGACGUGGUCACCGUCACCAUCACCAACGACGAGGACGCUCCCACCAUAGAGUUUGAGCAGGCGUCCUAUCAGGUCCGAGAGCCUCCCGGUCCAGACGGCAUCCAGGUCCUCAACGUUAAGGUGGUCCGGACCGGAGAUCUGGACCGCACGUCCAAGAUCCGCUGCAGCACCCGGGACGGAUCGGCCCAGUCCGGACUGGACUACAACCCAAAGAGCCGCGUGCUGAAGUUCACCCCGGGUCUGGACCACAUCCUCUUCAAGGUGGACAUCCUGUCCAACGAGGACAGGGAGUGGCACGAGUCCUUCUCUCUGGUGCUGGGGCCCGACGACCCCGUGGAGGCGGUGCUCGGGGAGAUCACCAUGGCAACGGUGACCAUUCUGGACCAGGAGGCCGCCGGCAGCCUGAUCCUCCCCGCCCCGCCCGUCGUGGUCUCCCUGGCGGACUACGACCACGUCCAGGAGGUGACCCGGGAGGGCAGUAAGAGGACGCCGUCCCCGGGGUACCCCCUGGUGUGCGUCACCCCCUGCGACCCCCACCACCCCGGGUACCCUGUGAUGAAGGAGCGCUGCCAGGAGGCGGGCAUCAACCAGACCCAGGUCCACUUCUCCUGGGAGGUGGCGGCGCCCACCGACACCAGCGGGGCGCGCUCGCCGUUCGAGACGGUGACGGACAACACGCCGUACACCGGCACCAACCACCGGGUCCUGGACAGUAUCUACUUCAGCCGCCGUUUCCACGUGCGCUGCGUGGCCCAGGCCCGGGACAAGGCGGGACACCUGGGCACGCCGCUGAGGAGCAACAUCGCCACCAUCGGCACGGACGGCGCCAUCUGCCACACGCCGGUCACCACGGGGACGGCCCGGGGCUUCCAGGCCCAGUCCUUCAUCGCCACGCUCAAGUACCUGGACGUCAAGCACAAGGAGCACCCCAACCGGAUCCACAUCUCGGUCCAGAUCCCGCACCAGGACGGCAUGCUGCCCCUCAUCUCCACCCUGCCGCUGCACAACCUGCACUUCCUGCUGUCCGAGUCCGUCUACCGGCAGCAGCACGUCUGCUCCAACCUGGUCACCCUGCCGGAGCUGCAGGGGCUGAGCGACUCGGGCUUCCUGGACGAUGUGUCGGUGGACAGCAUCUCCCUGGGCCCGGGCUUCGACCGGCCGUACCAGUUCGACCCGGGCGUCCGCGAGGCGCGGAGCCUGCGGCUGUACCAACACCUCAACCUGAAGAGCUGCAUCUGGACCUUCGACGCCUUCUACGACAUGACGGAGCUCAUCGACGUCUGCGGCGGCUCCGUCACCGCCGACUUCCAGGUCCGGGACUCGGCCCAGUCCUUCCUGACGGUGCAGGUCCCUCUCUACGUGUCCUACAUCUACGUGACAGCCCCCAGAGGCUGGGCGUCCCUGGAGCACCACACCGAGAUGGAGUUCUCCUUCUUCUACGACACGGUGCUCUGGAGGACAGGCAUCCAGACGGACAGCGUCCUCUCAGCCAGACUGCAGAUCAUCAGGAUCUACAUCCGAGAGGACGGACGGCUGGUCAUCGAGUUCAAGACACACGCCAAGUUCAGAGGCCAGUUCGUCCCUGAACACCACACGCUGCCGGGCCACAAGUCCCACCUGAUGGCGCCGGACCACCUGGGAGGCAUGGAGUUCGACCUGCAGCUGCUGUGGAGCGCCCAGACCUUCGACUCGCCGUACCAGCUGUGGAGGGCCACCAGCUCCUACAGCAGGAAGGACUACUCCGGAGAGUACACCGUGUUUUUGAUCCCGUGCACCGUCCAGCCCACCCAGCCCUGGAUCGACCCCGCCGACAGGCCUCUGUCCUGCACCGCCCACGCUCCAGAGAAGUUCCUGGUGCCGAUCGCCUUCCAGCAGACCAACCGGCCCGUCCCCGUGGUGUACUCCCUCAACACCGAGUUCCACCUGUGCAACAACGAGAAGGUCUUCACCAUGGACCCGGCCGACGCCGACGUCUCCAUGGCCGAGAUGGACUACAAGGGAGCCUUCUCCAUGGGUCAGACGCUGUAUGGCCGGGUGCUGUGGAACCCGGAGCAGAACCUGAACGCGGCCUACAGGCUGCAGCUGGAGAAGGUGUACCUGUGCACCGGCAGGGACGGCUACGUCCCGUUCUUCGACCCCACGGGGACGCUGUACAACGAGGGUCCGCAGUACGGCUGCAUCCAGCCCAACAAGCACCUGAAGCACCGCUUCCUGCUGCUGGACCGGAAGCAGCCGGACGUCUGUGACCGGUUCUUCCACGACGUUCCGUUCGAGGCGCACUUCGCCUCGGAGCUGCCGGAGCUGCAGGCCGUGGCGGCCAUGCCGGGCGUGGACGGCUUCACCAUCAAGGUGGACGCUCUCUACAAGGUGGAGGCGGGGCACCAGUGGUACCUGCAGGUGAUCUACGUGAUCAGCCCGGAGUCCCGGUCCAGCCCCAGAGUCCAGCGCUCGGUGACCUACCAGCUGAGCCGGUCCCGGCGGGACCUGGUGGACCGCAGCGGCAGGCUGACCCUGGACGAGUCGCUCAUCUACGACAACGAGGGCGACCAGGUGAAGAACGGCACCAACAUGAAGUCGCUGCGCCUGGACGCCGGGCCGCCGGCCGCCUUCGACGCCCACGUGGGCGGCUCCGUGGGAGGGGGCGUGGCCGCCGUCACCCUGCUGGCGCUGCUGCUGCUGGCCUCCUGCUUCCUGCUCCGACGCUGCCGGCGCGCCGCCAAGAGGAAGAGCGGCGAGGCGGCCAAGACGUACGAGGACUACCCGCUCAACACCAAGGUGGAGGUGUGCCUGGACAAGUGUGUGGAGAAGAACUUCAGCAGCAGGCACUGCACGGUGAGGAACGUCACCGUCCCCAACCGCAGCCAGCAGCCCGCCGGCAAGCCCAAGGUCAAGCAGGUCAACCUGGAGGUCAAGCUCCACAACAACCUCGGCGACGGCACGGAGGUCUGAACGCCGGGCCGCCGCAGACAGGAAGGCGGCGAGAGAGGAGGAGCUCACAUAGAAACAACUAUUUUCUCAAACAGUUUGUACUUAACCCAACGCAAAGUUUGUAAUCUAUUUUUAUACCGCUUGGAGAAAGGGAAGAGCCGACAUGCAGGAAGCUGGGCUACCUCAGGAAUCCACCGCAGUGGGCGCCAAAACCGCGUGAGCCGGCCAGAACAGCCGUAUGCCGUCCAAACCCCUGGAUCCCAUCCUGCUCACGGUCCCUCCACAUCACCUGUGCAGCCUGUGGCUCAGACACUGGAUUGUAGUCGACACUGGAGUUUAGCUGGUCGGAACCGGUCUGUGCUGCCUGUAGUGGCCUCAGGCUGUGGACGGUAGCCACUGGAGACGUCCUCCAUUAAAACACCUUUCCCUUCAGAAUUGGCCUCAGCGCUCUCCAGCAGGGGUGUCAUUCUACUUUCAGCGCCGUUGCUGCGCCAAACCUUCAUUUGGAUGUUUCCCUUUGUGUAGCGCAGGUCUGCAGCCACAUGUGGUUCAUUACUUUCAAUAUUCCUGCAUCUUUUUAAAUGUUCACGCCAGACGACCUUCUUCCAUGUCUGCACACUGCCUUCCACCUCAGCUCACAACACUGGACAGAAACAAUACUCACUUUUAUUCAUUUCUCCAGUCCGGGCUUUGUUUUCCUGUGAGCCAGAUUGGAUCGUCUGGUGGACCACUUUUAGCCCCCCAGCCGCAUGUUUGACACCCCUGCUCUAGAAAUCACUGAGAGAGUGCUUUGCUCAGGAGUGCCCUGUACACCAGCUGUGUGUUAAACACACUGAGCUGGAGUCAGGAGUGAGAUCGAAGAUCAGAAGAAUGAAUGAAACCUUAUCAAGUGCAAUUAUCCCCUCCUGUCUGCUGCUCCUCGCUUCGACUCGCUGGAGCGUGGUUUGUCUCUCAAGCCUUACUGAGUUGCGUUUGUACAUCCUGAACGGACCGUGCUGAUCUGUUUCUCGCUCUUGGUUUGUACUCAGCCAAUAUUAAGUGCCAUGCAGUAUUUUUCCUCAUGAAAUUUGUAAAGAAAUCGUUGUUUUCCUCUUUUAGUGUAAUUUGUAUUUCGGGAGACGCCCGUCCACAUGACCGCCUGCUUCAGCCUUACUACUGUAUGAACGGUGUGUGUGUGUGUGUGUGUGUGUGUGUGUACCUGCCUGCCUUUCAUCAGCUCUCCCUCAGAAUAUUCUGGUAUCUCUGUAGCCUGUGGUCAGGGUGUAGCCGCCGCUGUCUGUCAUGUUAUUGUGAGGCGUGGGCUUUAAGCUCUGCAGAAACAGGCUGGUCUCUGUCUCCGCCCCGCCUCCCGUCCACUGUGUGCCUAUCAGUCAACACUGGAGAGGAGAACGUCACGGACAUGGUUUCUGGUGCUCGUCAUUUAGUGGGGGAAAACAACACUGAUAUAAAGUUGAUGCCUGUAUUCUGUGCCUUUUUUUAGUAAUAAAAUUAAUC